UAUACAUUUUUUUUUUACUCCGUUCCUUCAGUCUCCAAUUACUCUUUCCCUAAAACAAUUUUUACUAAUACUUGUCAUUAAUCUUAUUCAUUAAUUUGCUGUAUUACUUUUUUUUUUUUUUUAAAUCAGAGGUAUUUCCAAGAAAGUAAGAUUAGAAAGAUAGAAAGGAAGAAAGGAGGACUGACUUCAGUCAUAAAUGUUUAGCUAGCUGAAACAGUGUAUUUCAGUCUUCAGGUUUUACAACAAGGAACAAAGGUCAUUUGCUGUGCUGGCUGCAUCACGGUGACAGGUGAAUUAAAGUUGAUCUAAGUGCCCAUAGAAGUACAGGUAAGUGUCUUUGUCACUAUUCUAUAUUACUGAAUAAUAACCAGAGUAAGAUCAAAGUCUGAGAUCACAAACAUAACAGAAAAACAACAGCAAGGACACUGACAGAUGUUGUACUCUAUGUUAAAGGUUAUUCAGCUGACACAUAUCUACAUGGGUUCAUAAAAGAAACAGGUGUGCUUGUUCAAAAGUGAAGUUCAACGUGUUUGUUUUCUCCAAAAGAUAUCAGGAAAAUAAGAGACAAUCCAGUGUAGGUGUAUCUGUGUAAUUGAUGAAUGUGUGAUGUCCAUUAAAAACUCACUGACUCAAAGAUUUCAUAUACAUAUACUGUACUCUGAUUUUACACUGAAACGAGUCAGCAGAUUUGUCAGUCCAUUAUCAGAUAAUGACCAAGUCACAAGGUUUUCAUUACCACUUGAAUGCAACAUUUUGUUUUAAUAUCUUUUGGGGGAAACAAAUAACAUGAGGACCAUAAUUACCCAGAUUAAGGUUGAUAGUGUUGUAAUGUCCCUUUUCAGUCAUUCAAGUUUACUUUAGUUUAAUGUUUUAUACUCAGGUUAGUGUCCAGGAGAAUGUAUGGUCUACCAGGUAAUAGAUAAAGAAAAUUAAGGGACUUCAAAAAGGGUAGGAUAAUGGAAAGGUGCCAGCAACCUCUUCUACUGCUGUGGUUGACUGCAGUGGUAGCAAUGAAUAUACUGGGAAGUAAUGCUGAAGUUGUGGAAGAAGACGAACUGCUGUCCAUCCAUCCAUCAAUUACCCAUGAGCAGGUAAAGAAUUUGACCAACAAGCUUCUGCAAGUUAUUCCUCAUUGUGGCAACAGUUCCUCUGUUACUAAACUGGUGAUUGAGGGGAGCCUGAUUACCCUAAAUGAGGCUGACAGACUAGCCCUGGCUAGUUAUCCCAGACUGGUAGAACUCCACCUGGAUGGUAACCUGGUGAGCGGUAUACCAGCCAAGUACUUCACUGUGGUACCACACCUCAGAGUGCUGUCUCUGUCCAGGAACAAAAUCAGCAGCCUGGACCCAGAGUCUUUCUCUGGCCUAGAUGUCCUGACAGAGCUGGAUCUGUCCCACAACCUGCUGACAAGUCUCCAUACACAGCUAUUCAGACGGCUAAAUAAUCUACAGGUGCUGAACCUACAGGAAAACCCCUGGAAUUGUUCCAGUCCACUGCUGAGCAGUAUUGGAGAGGUCAAAGCAGCAGGAGUUACCAUUGGGGGACCACGAGUCACCUGUGCUUCUCCAGAAAAGCAAGCUGGAAGUGAUCUUUUGGAGGCUACAGCUGUGUGUCACCCAUCACCGCAACCCCCCUUCAUUACAAACCCACAAAAACCACCAACACCAGUCAACUCUCAGCAGUCUUGGGGCUCAUCCACUAUGCUGAAGAGCACACUGACAUCAAGCCAAAACCACAACAUCAACAAAGAUCAGACACUUGUGCUUGGCAACACAUGGAAUUUCACAGCAUGUGUUGCAGCCUUGGCGCUAAGCACCACCAUGCUCAUCGUAUGUGCCAUAAAGGGGCCUUCCUGGUACAAGCUCUUCCACAACUACCGUCACCAGCAACUGCACCAAGAAGAGGAUGAGGAGGAGGACGUUUUGUCAACAGCCCUCUCAGAGACAGGGACAUACCUGAACCAUCAGACAUUCACCUUUGAGCAAGAGAACAGGCGGAUAGAGGAGGAGGAGGAGGAUGGGUAUUUUGAGGAUCCAUAUAUCAGGAGGGAAGAGUAACAUGCGGGAGAGGAGACUAAAGCAGAACCAUGAAGAAGCAAACAGAAGCUGGUGACCCAGCGACAAGACAAGAAGGCGGUUAUCACAAAAGGAAAAUCUGUCACUUGUGUACUCUAAAAUGAGGUGCUCAGUGGGGGGCUUGUUGUAUGGUUCAUGUAGAUGGGAUACAGGGGUGCAAACUCAUCAUGAGUGAAAAAGGUGACAAAGAUGCGAACCCCUUAGGGUAGUCCGGGGGCAUCCACACUAUAACACAAGAAAAUAAAUAAAACAAUUUCACUGGGUAAUAAUAAUUACCACACAAUUCCUCAGUGGCCUAACCUUUCUCCCCCCUAUCAAAACACAUCUUCUGGAGGGUCUGAAAUGACUAAAAUAAUAAUAAUAAGUUUAUUUAUAUAGGCUAUGUAUAUACUGUAAAAUAGUUUACAGUAGUAUUUGGUUUAUCUCAGAUACUAUCUACAUCCACCCUAUACUAUUCUACAGUAAUAGUCUGUUUAUUUUACAUACUAUACAUUUACUUUACCAUGCUAUAAUGAUCAGUAUUGCUUACAGGGAAAACACACAGAGAUACUGUAGGUCCAUCUAGAUAGUUUAAAGCGCAAAUGUUGUCCUAGUGCACAAAAACAAUCUGCAAUCCAAUUCACAUCAAUCAAUCACAUUUCCCUACUCUGUAGCGCACAUAAUACAUCACAAUGUAUUUAUUUUAUAAUAGCAUUACUUUCUUGUCCUCGUAAGGAUUUAUACAAAUCGACGAAUAGCACGACUCAGGCACAGAGUCGUAAUUGUCAUUUUCUUCGACAUCUCCUUGAAAAAUAAACUAACGCCUCAGCUGCACUAAAUGUCUUUUAUGCCAUGUCAUUGUAUCUUUGUAUCUGUCUGUAUCUGUUUCUGUACAAACUUUUCCUCUCUGCUUUGCUCCUGUCCCAUUACGAUACACACAAUACACAGCCAAGCCUCUGAAUCAGACAUUGCGAAUGGCUGUUACAUCAUCCACUGUAGCCAAGAGAAGUGUCCAAUUCAGACAUGUGACUCUUACAUCAACAACAAAGAUGGUGGAUGAGAACUGAUCAAAAUAUACACAAAGAAUAAGCAAAGCGCUGGGCAGAGGGUGAGAUUAUCCACGUUUUUUAACAACUUUUCAUAUUAGUGCAUGUGAGUAAUUUACUUCUAUUAGUAAAACUAACAGGGGCUCCCCAGUUAGCUUAAUUUCUAUAGUUUAACAGGAAAAAACAGCAUGUCUCUAACUCAAACUGUUGAGGAGUAAUGAUGCUCUAAAGACAACAUGGUAUUUGGGAGCGUAUACGCCCCCGUGGGUAAGCAUCACUAAUGUUGCAGGUGGUAAAGGUGGAGCUAAAUUUUAGUUCUUUGUAUACUGCUGGGUGCUUUAAUCCAUAAUAAUAGGUAGGCUAUGUCAUAAUUUAUUGAUUGAUUUACAUUUUGAAUAAAUAAUCUGAAUCUACAAAGUAACUAAUGUUGUCAAAUAUAUGUAGUAGAGUACAAAGGACAACAUUUGCCUCCAAAAUGUAGUGGAGUAGAAGUACAAAGUAGCAUAAAAUGGAAAUACUCAAGUAAAUUACAAGUACCUAAAAGCAAAUUGUUUAAUUACGUCGUGGUUAUUAUCUUAGCAUAAAGAAAGUGGAACCAUCAGGGGGUAAAAUUAACGUUAAGUUGGCACUUUGUCUGAGGAGCUCAACUUAUGUUGUAGCUGUCUGCAAAAUGGCGAUGUCAGUAAUGUUAAAAAAGUGCAAUUGGGAAUAACAAGUACACUAGCUAAUGUUAGACUCCAUGGAAAUACCUAACAUUAGAUCCAAAUUGUGAUGGCUAGCGUUCACUAAAUCAAAGCAACUCAACCUUAUCAGGCUAAUUAACAGUCCCAAGCUUGACAUAUCACCUUUCAAGUUAAGCCAAUUAAGGUUAUCAUAACACUACUGUAAGAGAUGGCCCUCUUCAUGCUUCACUCUUCUCAGGUGCCUUGUACAUGCCAAGCACAGAAGCCAGGGGCUUUUUUUUGACAACUCAAAGCGGGGUUCUCAUUUCACCCAGCCCCACAAAUCACACAAAUGACCUAUUUUGGAUUCAAAACGGCGAUUUUCAAGUUUGCACCCCUGUUAAAAAAACAGACACUCCUUCUUUAAUAUCAGACAUCUCUAUAAUAUUCUAUAUAAUCCAUCUCACAGCGAUAACCCAGAAAUGCUGAUCUCUUGAGAUGCAGAAACAGCUUUUGACCGUGUUGAAUGGGAUAUUUGUUCCACACUCAAAUUCGGACCACAAUUUCGUUCUUGGAUUAAAACUCUUUAUUCGGCACCCAAGACGGCUGUGCAGACCAAUAAAAAUAUCUCCUCUUAUUUCAAUCUGCAACAUAGCACUCUCCAGGGCUGUCCCUAGUCUCCACUUCUGCCACUGCGAUAGAACCUUUAGCUAUUGCACUGCGCAUCAAUGAAGGGGUUAAAGGGAUUCAUGUAAAGGGAUAACCGACAAGUUAUCCCUUUACACGGACGAUAUGCUGAUAUAUUUAUUGGAUCCCUCACUGUAUGUCCCCCUAUUUACUAAAACUACUUUAAGAUUUUUGCAAGAUUUCUGGCUAUAAAAAGUUCAAUAUGCAGAAGAGUGAAUUGAUGCCCAUUAAUACAGCAACCAGAUGGACCUUUUUGGUGGGUGUUCCCUUGAAAAUUUCUUUUCUGCUCUGGGCUGCCACUGGCUGGAUGAAUUGCGAAAUUCACAAAAUAUCCAGUCAGUCACUCUCUCAAGACAAGCUUUCGGCAUUAACAGCUUCCCUAUAAUGGCACCAUUAGUGGGGUGCAAACUUGCAGUUUCAUGUCUUCAAUAUCUAGCAAUUUCCCCUUACAGCCCUCAGAUACACUCAUAGAUUUUAUUUUUGAAACUACAGCAUCGGGUUGAGUUAUGAUUGGACAAAUUUACAAAAAAGUAUAAAUACACAUAAUAACAGCUCCUUGCACUCACUUAAAGCUCUAUGGGAGGAGGAUACAGAAGUUGAGAUAUCAGACCCCUUAUGGCUGAAAGUGUUCUGGUCAAAGGCUAAACUGUCACAGUUUAAACCUGACCUGGACCCUACUUGUGACCGAUGCAAACAGGAACCUCAUACACAUGUCCCAAGCUCAACACGUACUGGCAAUCUGUUUCUGAAAUAUUUUAUUUCAGAGGUCAUUGGCAGGCACAUACAACUUACAGCCUUUACAGCAAUAUUUGGGCUGGUAUCCGAGGACAUAAUCCUUAACAAAGCCAAUAGUAACAUUUAAUCAAUGGCAACCUUACUUGCCCGAUGUUUAAUUCUUUUUAAAUGGAAGGAGAGCUGCCCUCCAUCACUCCCCCAGUGGAUUAGAGCAAUGAUGCAGAAGCGUUCUCAGAGCAUAUCAAUACUGUGGACCCCAACAUCAAGUUCACGCGUGAGGACGCCAAAGAGAACCGCUUAGCCUUUCUUGAUUGUUCUACACUCAGAGGAGAGGACGGAAA